CAAUUCGCCCAUCCGCACCGAGGCAGCAGCAGGAAGUAAAAGCCUGCUGUUCGGCAUUGCUUUACUUUGCUCAUAAACUUGACCAGAAAUUUUGGGUUUCUACAAAGAAAUAAUGGACAGCCAAGGAAGGAAAGUGGUGGUUUGUGAUAACGGAACUGGGUUCGUGAAGUGUGGCUAUGCAGGAUCCAACUUUCCGGAGCACAUCUUCCCUGCGCUGGUUGGCAGGCCCAUCAUUCGCUCCACAGCUAAAGUUGGUAACAUUGAGAUUAAGGACCUGAUGGUGGGGGAUGAGGCAAGUGAGCUACGCUCCAUGCUGGAGGUCAACUACCCAAUGGAGAAUGGCAUUGUCAGGAACUGGGAUGACAUGAAGCACUUGUGGGACUACACCUUUGGUCCAGAGAAACUGAACAUAGACUCGCGCAACUGCAAGAUUCUCCUCACCGAGCCCCCCAUGAAUCCCACCAAAAACCGUGAGAAGAUCAUUGAGGUUAUGUUUGAGACGUAUCAGUUCUCAGGGGUUUAUAUCGCCAUUCAGGCUGUGCUCACAUUGUAUGCUCAAGGUCUAUUAACGGGAGUCGUUGUGGAUUCAGGUGACGGUGUCACCCACAUUUGCCCUGUAUAUGAAGGAUUCUCUCUUCCUCAUUUAACUCGAAGGCUGGACAUAGCUGGGAGAGAUAUCACUCGAUAUCUUAUAAAGCUGUUGCUGCUGCGAGGAUACGCUUUCAACCACUCGGCAGACUUUGAGACAGUGCGCAUGAUGAAGGAGAAACUCUGUUAUGUAGGAUACAAUAUCGAGCAGGAGCAAAAGCUUGCAUUGGAGACUACUGUACUGGUGGAAUCUUACACGCUCCCUGAUGGCAGAGUGAUAAAGGUCGGUGGGGAGAGGUUUGAGGCACCUGAAGCUCUUUUCCAGCCUCAUUUGAUCAAUGUGGAGGGAGUGGGAGUAGCUGAACUGCUUUUCAACACCAUUCAGGCAGCAGACAUUGACACCAGGGCCGAGUUCUACAAACACAUUGUUCUCUCAGGCGGUUCUACCAUGUAUCCAGGCCUGCCCUCUCGACUGGAGAGGGAGCUCAAGCAGCUCUAUCUAGAGCGGGUCCUUAAAGGGGAUGUGGACAAGCUUUCUAAAUUCAAGAUCCGGAUCGAGGAUCCUCCACGGCGCAAACACAUGGUGUUCCUGGGUGGAGCCGUGCUGGCUGACAUUAUGAAGGACAAGGAGAACUUCUGGCUGACGCGAGAGGAGUACCAGGAGAAGGGUGUGCGCGUGCUCGAGAAACUCGGCGUCACAGUUAGAUAAACUGUUAGUGUCCAAUAAAUCCUCUGCGUCCUUUCCAAUCUCCCAUAUAGGAUAUCCAGAGCAUCUGUCCAGCUGUGUGUUGCUAGAGCUCUCACCUACUGCAUUCUGCUGCUCGUGCCACUGAGUCACAUGAUCACUUUUGGGAAGAACAGACUGGGAGGUGUGUUAGGGCUGCUGAUAAGGCGUUAUCAUUAUGCACCAGAUCACAAAGUUGUCAGAAGCAGCCAUUUCAACUUGUUUCAGUGUUUGCCCAGAAGCAUUGCAAUGAAGAAUAGGUUUCUAACACCAAAGUAAAGUGUCUCAGUAUGAAAUGAGCCACGUCACUACUUUUAAGGCUUUAUUUUGCAAACUGGUAAAAGUGGAAAAGGCUUCUUGUGACCACUCACAUAGCACUGUCAUGCCAGCCCAAAAAAGUAUGAUUGAAAUGUUUUACCCCAUAUAGAAUUUGUUUGUAAGGGCAAAGAAAAUGUGGGGUGAAACUGAACAACUCAAAAAUGAUUGAUAAUUACUCAUAGUUUUCACUUGUGUACAUCACAUUUAUCUUUGUAUGUGAGGGGACUCGCUAAGCAGUUCUCAGUCUCUCCCUGUCAUCCUCUCUUAUUGUUCAGGUGUCAAGUGUUUGUCAUUAAUGAGUUCUUGUGCUCAGGGUUUUUUUUUUUUUUUUGGUGUUUUGGGCUAGAAUUAAUUUAGUAUUUUUCUAUCAAAAAGCUUCAAAUUGUAAACUAUUCCAUGUGUUUCCUUCCAUGAUCCUAAACAUUUAUGAUCCCUUUAAAAUGGGCAUUAGUUGGUCCUUUCCAUCUUCUAUCUUUUCCAGAUCUCUCUCUCUUUUUUGCACCUUUGCAUUAAGUGCAUUAUUCAAACUGUCUCAUGUUAAAGGGAGUUAAAUUUUAUUUGAAGGUGGAAUCUAAUAUGGCUGAUAUUGUGAAGGCACAAUACUCUGUCUGUAUCUUUCCAUAAAUGUUUGUCUGGUGCCAAGGGCAGUUAAUGCAACUGGAUCUCCUAUUGCUUUUUUUAUUUUUAUUUUUGGAAUCAUAUCAUAACUGCAUAAUGCUGAUUUCAAUAAAGACCCUUAUUUCUAAAUAA